CGGAAGGCAUCAACUCAAAUUGGUCUCCUCUCUCCUGAGGCUGUUCACAGGGAUUCGGGAAACCUCGAAGGUUCACUUCAAGCUGAGUUCAGCUAGGGAGGCGGCUAACCUGGGUAAGCUGACCUUCGUUGUUGCUGCGCAGAGCUGCUGAUCAGCUGAGGGGUAGCAGGGAGCGUUGUUUGUUUGGGCACACGUUAUUGUCUUGGCACCAGGUGGAAGAGCAGGCAGGUUUCUUUGGACACAAAGGUUUAGUGAUCUUCACGGUCGCCAUCAUCUGGCCGCAGGGGCUGUUUAACAAGUACAACGGCGAGACAGGUUGCCAGACAGGGGUCCGGAGAGAUCGACCUGACCAAGCGUUUUAUGGGCGGAACUGCGCGCUGCGACGGCGGCGCGGAGGGGGAGAGCGGUAGUUGCAGUCCUAGGGAUGCGGCAUUAGGAUCUGGGGGGCCUCCUGGGGAGGAGGCCCUGGGGAAGGGAGGGUUGCAUGCAGCUGCUGUGAGCGGGGCCGCCAAUGGGGGGCCUCAGAUCAGGACAGCGGGGAGCUUACCUCGGCGGCCCCCGGCUCUGGAGAGAGCGGGCAGUAUUCAUCCAAAGGAGGAGAUCCGAGCGGAGACCACGUACUUGGAGUUGCUGCUUUUGGCCAUUCCGUCGAUGUUGCUCUCGGGGGCUGCACCUCUGGCAGUCACGGUGCAGACUGCGAUGCUGGGGCAGAAAGCAACAGAACUUCUGGCUGCGUGGGCCGUUGUCUCAGCGACGACCAACUCUGCAGUUGUCGUCUUCAACUUUCUGAUCGUGGGGGUGACUGCGAAAGUGAGCCUGGCCGUGGGCGCCAAGGCGUGGCGCCAGGUGGGAGCGCGCAUCCGGCUGGCGCUUGCGAGCGCGCUGUGCGCCGGCAUACUGGCCGCUUUCCUUUUGGCGGCGCUCAAGCGGCCCAUCUUCACAAUUAUGGAUACCAACCCCGCGGUGCAGAAACCUGCGGAGCAGUACUACUUCCUUCGCGUGUUGGGCCUGCCGUCGCAGCUUCUGGCGAUGGCCGUGGUCGGAAUCCUGCAAGGCUACAAGCGGGUAUACCUUGUCGCUACCAUCAACAUCGGACGCCUGGUCUUUGAAGUCGCAGCAAGUUACGUCUCCCUCUUCUAUUUCGACUGGGGCAUGUGGGGCGUGGGCGUCUCCAACAUCACAGCCGUUACCAUGGCCUUCGUAGCCGGUCUCAUUCUAGUUAUGACGCUACCCCCCCAGGACGGAAAAGGACAGAUCCCGCUGCUGCCACCAGAGUGGGGCGGCUGCUGGCAGAACUGCUGCUCACCUGGCAAAAACCGCCCCAGCUCUCGUUUCGACUUCGACGACAGCCCCGACCCGUCCACCCGCCUUCUCGCACCCGAGGGGCAGCAUUUCGACGAAGAAAAGGGCCCCCCAUCCGAGGAGCCCCGGGUCGAGGAGCACGGGGGCACGUGGGACUUCAUCUGGGACGGCUUGAGCACCAUCAUGCGCAGCGCGCUCAUCCAGAUCACCUUCUUCCUCUCGCUGGUGUGCGCGUCGCGGCUCGGGAUGUAUGCUGUGGCAGCCCAUCAGGUCAUCAUGCAGCUGUGGCUCAUCACCGUGUACGUCGUCGACGGUUUCGCAAACGCGGGUACCAUCGUGGGCUCCGAUCUCGCCGGCCGCAUGGAGGCCUCCCGCGGACCGCAGGCGCUCUUCAUCCUCUUCGAGCUGCGCAAAUUGACGCGCCGUCUGCUGAUCAUGGGCAACGGGGUUGGGUUCCUGGUCGCGAUCGUGUACUUCUUCGGCCAGGAGCGUAUCAUAAGCGCGUUCACGUAUGACGAGGGGACCAAGGCGCAGCUGCGGACGGUGUGGUUGCUGCUGACGGUCGUGCAGCCGCUGAAUGCCACGGUGUUCAUCUACGAUGGCCUGAUCUAUGCGUCGCAGUCCUUUAACUACAUGGCGAACUGUAUGUUCGUCGGCUUCAUAGUCAUCUUCCUUCCCUUUUGCGGUGCGUCUGCUUUCUACUUCAAAAACCUUCUGUGGGUCUGGAUUGCAAAAGCUGCAUUCAACCUAUUCGUUCGCUUCUUUGCUGCUAGUCACCGCAUUCACUUCCAUUGGUUGAGGCCCAAGUGGGCCGAAGGAAAAGAUUAUCCUGAUGAGUGGAGCAAGCACGGCGGUGUAUAUAUGCUCCCCGCCGGAUGGAUUGAUAGCCAAAGUAGGGAGAGGACAAACGCAGCUUCAGCAUCAUAGCCAAUCAAACGAUAUAAUAGAUACGUUUUCAGUCAAUCAUCGCUCGCGCUAACAUAGUAAUGGAUAUUAGUUUGGCAAAAAGGAAAUGAGGAUUUGAAUUUUCUACCUUCUUGUAUCUGACCAUCAUUGGGAUGAUGGUCAAGUAAAUUAAGCGGUCGCCCAAUCAGCAAGUUUGUAGGAUGAAGGACGUGGAUGACUCUUUGAUGUUCUGCCUGGAUUGAAUCUGAUGAAGGAAGGCUGCGCCGAGCAGAGUUGAGUCAGCGCAAAUGUUAUUCGAAGUUUCCGGGGCUGAAAUCAUGGAUCAAGCCGGGUUGCUAUGGUGGAGUGCUUUCAUUGAGCUAGUGAUACCUGCUGAUUGUGGUUCGAC